AGCAGCUAAGCUUAGUCCCUAUCCCAGCUCCGACUGAUCCUGCCUUGCGCUGCACGGCUGCUGCCAUGGCCCUGCGGAGGCUCCGGGUCGUGACAGUGACUCUGGCCGUGGCCGCGCUGCUGUUCCUGCCCCCGGACACCUGCUUCCCAUUGCCCCGUGCUUGGGAAGUCCCCGCGCUGAGCCCGGACCAUCUGGGGACUACUUGGAGGCAUCUCGCGGACUCCAGCGGCGAGCAGUGGCGGUCAAUUCGCGCGCCCUCGGGGUGGAAGCAGAUGGAGAGGACCCCCAAUGCCCUGGAUCUGCCCUUCCACCUGCUGCGCGGGUUGCUGGACCGCGCCAGAGAAGAGAGGAUGCGCAGCCGUGCGCGGAGCAACGAGCGCUUGCUAGGGAGAGUGGGCUAGGGAGGCUGCGGGGUGGGAGAUGGGGAGUUGGAAGUAGGGAAGUCAAAGGACAGAGGUCGGGAAAGCGUGGCCGCGGGGGUGCUGAGGGUUCGACGAUCUUGUAAAACAGUGAAGUUUAAAGCAAAAUGGAAGCCUCUGAUUUAUUGAGGGAAACUACCCCCUCUGUGUCUGUGCCGGCGCCCUUUCCCCCCCUACGCAGACAAGGUCUCUCAAACCGAGUCUGCUUCAGCGGCGAAUCCUUCCAUUUCCCCCACAGCCCACCUCCUCUGGGAAAUGGCGACUCUAACCCUGGGAUCUCCCAACUCUUGUGGGAUUGGCUCAGUAUUUCGGGAAGAGGGUAUUGUCUAGUAAGAGAGCGCAAAGGGCAUUUAGUUCAACCUCCUACUCCCUGACCUGAGAAAGGACAGCUCUCCUCUCAAACCCAACUUCCAAAUGAUCACAGAAAGUUUUGGGCUCCAGGUAUCCAGAGAGAGGGCGGGAAGAAACUUUUGUAGUGUAAAGCACAGGGCCUGAAAGAAAUGUGCAGAGAACUCAAGCCCCUCCAGGAUCGAGGCCACCCCAAGACUGGAUUAGAGACGGUAGUACCCUAGGGAAGUCCUGCCCUUCCGUCAGCACCGCAGUAACUAUGGGCUGGAGACUAAGAAGGGACCCGAGGCAAAGCUCUGGGGCUCCCCCGCCUCCAGCUCUGACCCCUCCGAGGC